AUGGCUAAAAAUACCUCAAAUACUAGUUAUAGAAAGUUAGAUGUAGAUGCUUUUGAUCCAGAGAAAUAUGAUGAAAAUGAGGAAAUGUUUGUUGAAAAUCCUUCUGCUAUUGGUCCUGAUGAAAAGUUAGUACAACAAUUAUUAAAUAGUGGAAAAAAUACAGAGGCUCUAAAGGCUGCAUUAUGUAAUGCUCCUUUAAAUGUUAAAAAUGAUGGUAUAUUAGAGAAAGCUGUAGGAACAGUUAUUAAAACACUAACAAAUCAUAGAAAUGCUGAAAUUGGAGAAUCAAUAAAAGAAUUGAAUGAUGAUGAAGUAGAUAUUUUAAUGAAGUAUAUUUAUAAAGGAAUGGAAAUUAUGCCUGAUGGAAGUGUGUGUAAUUCACUAUUAUCAUGGCAUUCUCAUGCCUUUGAACGUUGUGGACAUGGUGGUAUAAUGAGAGUUUUUAGUGACAGAACUCGCCUUUAA